UGACAUCGAAAUGACAACGUGAUGACAACUGUCUCCAACACGAUGAUAAACACUACGACAUACGAAAAAAAAAAACAAUAAAUAAGAAGGCAGCCCUCUUGACCUAGUUUUUAAUUAGACACCCAAAAAUACACCUUUUUUCGUAGAUUUAAAAAUUGGCAGCAAUAAUGUCAAAGGACAAAGAAGUAAUUAUUUUUUUUGUACUACAAUCACAUUUGGCAACACCGUCGAGAUGAGGGCAGUGUACUCCAGAACCUGUGCAAGAGAUUAAAGUUUACCUACGCUUACCUGACUAGAGCACUGGAAUGUGUUUGAAAAGAACUGCUGUAAAUGACGACGGUGAUCGGUGAUACCAUUGUAGCAUGUGUAAGACACGUGGUUUCGUAUACCAAACAAUUAUUUAACUUAAAAAUUUGAUUGUAAUGGUGUUGUGAUGUUGCAAUAAAAUUGCAAGUGAAAAUAGUAGUCGGUCUACGUAGUCGCAACCAAAAUGGGAUCAAGAGUUGGUGGAUUUAAUUCUGCGGCUCUUCCAGCUGAUAAGGCUUUAGCAGGUGUACCUCGAUUAUUAGAUGACCUACAACGUCUUUCGGAAGAUACAGAUUCGGCAGAUAUUGUUUUUAUUCUUGGAAGAGAAGAAGAACGUGUAUCUGCACACAGAGUAAUAUUGAUGGCUCGAUGCAAAAGCUUUCAAACAGCUAAACGUGGCGAGGUUUGCCGUAUACCAGGAUCUUCGGUUUCACCAACUACUCCAGGAACGCCAACUCCUAUACGUUUACCUCAAGCACCACCUGACACAUUUAAACAAUUUCUGCUCUACAUAUAUACUGGAAAGAUACUUCUACAAGAUAGCAGUGUUUUUGAAAUGUUAGCCCUCGCACAAGAACUUGGCGUCGAUGAGUUACGUAACGCCUGUGAAGAUCAUGUUACGUCCACAUUAUCCGUAGCUUCAGCUUGUACUUUUCUGGCAGCAGCAAUGAAUAUACAGAAUCGAUCUCCAGGAGGUAAAGCAGCAGCUGGUUUUGUUGAGAGGUGUGUAAGUUACAUUGGCGAAAAUGCUGCUGAGUGUGUGAAAACAAAUUCCUUUCUCUCUUUGUCGAAAGAAGCUGUUCUAAAGUUAAUAUCUUCAGAUUAUCUUUGUUUAGAAGAGGAGGAUGUAUGGCGAGCCAUAUUGAACUGGGCCAAAUAUCAAGCAGGUGUAACCCAGCCAACAGCACACUGGACGGAGGAAGAGAGAGUUAGAGUAUGUCAACAUCUCUCUCAUGUAAUAAAUCAUGUACGACUUCUUCUCAUUGAUAGUCAAGUAUUUGCAGAAGAAGUAGAGCCCACUGGGGCAGUUCCCAUGGAAUUAAGUCUCGAAAGGUAUCGACAUGCAGCAUUGCCAAGCAAAUAUCCUGAAGGUUCAGAGGACCAAAGACUACGUCCACGAAUUUCGCCUCAUUUAUUUCCAGGCUCGUUAAUUCUUGGGCAAGAUAAGAGUCACUAUCAGAGAGUUUUAAAUACUUGGUUUGGCAAUCCAAAGCAAAGUUGGCGCCUUACGUUUAGAGCUAGUAGUCAUGGAUAUUCUGCAUCAGCGUUUCACAGACACUGUGAUGGAAUUUCACCAACAUAUGUAAUAGUCCUUAAUAAUUCUGUGACGAGUAAAACCCCUCCAAGUCGUUCCUGGGAGUCAUAUCAUUGUUUUUCCUUGCAAGGAAGGCUGCCGCACGAUACUUGCAAUUAUCCAAAGUAGUCGGAGAACGUGGCCAGCCGAAGGUCAGAUGUAGUAUGAUACGAAUUCCCAUGACUAGUUCUUGUGCCAUUGUCACGGAGAAAGUCCGUCCUGAAAAACGGGAACAGCUUGGUUGGAAGGUUCUGCAGCCUUCACCCUAUAGGAAGCGAGAGGCCAGUCUGCUCUUGUAGACACGACUUUAUGUGGUGAUUCACGUCAACUAACGCAUAAAGUAUGCGGCGCCUCUCUGUUCCAGUAUGUUAACUGAACCAACUCAAGAGGCACAGGUCGCUAGAAUUUAUUACAUCUCAAAGGAAUUAGUACACGUCGAACUUGGAGAUGCAUUUUACCAAAAACUAACAUCACUCAAGGAUGAAAACGUCGUACGCGACAAAAGCAUAUUUGGUCAAGUGAAAAUUAUAUAGCGUGGGGUGUGCAAGCAGGCACACACCUUAGAGCCGAACGACGAGGGCUCGGUCUCCCAUGCAAUCACUAUGCUCUCUGAGUUACAGUAUUUUAGGGAAUUACUUUUAUAAAAAUAAAUUGUAAAGUCAAAGCAAUUUCAAUGCAGAAUUUUAUUUACUUGUAUAUUGAUUUAGUGGAUGGUUCAUUUACUUCACUAU